AAUUAUUCCUCGCACUGGCAGACAUAUCUUCUUCACCAUCUUCAUCUGCUUCUCUAUCAUCAUCAUCUUCAUCUGCUUCUCCAUCUGAAAAGUCUCUCUCUUUCAUUCAAACAAAGAUUAGAGAGUGAUAAUGCAAAGGCUUUUCUCAAAGAGGUCUUUAUGCGCUUCUGUUUUCCGAGGGAAGAGACAGUGCGCUUCCUUUUCUACGGCUCUACUCUUUGAUGAUACUCAGAUACAGUUCAAAGAAAGUGUUGCUCAAUUCGCGCAAGAAAACAUCGCCCCUCAUGCGUCAAAGAUAGAUCAAACAAAUUAUUUCCCAAAGGAGGUUAACUUAUGGAAACUCAUGGGUGAUUUCAACCUCCAUGGAAUCACAGCACCAGAGAAAUAUGGAGGACUUGGUCUUGGUUACUUGUAUCACUGUAUAGCAAUGGAAGAAAUAAGUCGUGCUUCUGGGUCUGUUGGCCUCUCUUAUGGUGCCCAUUCUAACCUGUGCAUUAAUCAGUUGGUGAGGAAUGGAAACCCUGCUCAGAAGGAGAAAUACUUGCCAAAGCUUAUCAGUGGGGAGCAUGUAGGAGCUCUUGCAAUGAGUGAGCCCAAUGCUGGAUCUGAUGUUGUUAGUAUGAAAUGCAAGGCUGACCGUGUAGAUGGGGGCUAUAUUAUAAGCGGGAACAAGAUGUGGUGCACCAAUGGCCCAGUUGCCCAGACAUUGGUAUUUUGUUGUUUAUGCAAAAACGAACAUCACAGCUGGCUCAAAAGGAAUCACGGCAUUCAUCAUCGAGAAGGGAAUGCCUGGGUAGUUGCACAAAAGCUGAUUCACUGGUUCUCUUUUCAAAUAUUCAGUACUGCCCAGAAACUAGACAAACUUGGGAUGCGAGGAAGUGACACAUGCGAACUUGUCUUUGAGAAUUGCUUUGUUCCAGAAGAAAAUGUUCUUGGGCAGGAAGGAAAAGGAGUCUAUGUCAUGAUGUCAGGGUUAGAUUUGGAGCGGCUUGUCUUGGCUUCUGGGCCUCUUGGUAUCAUGCAGGCAUGCCUUGAUGUUGUUCUUCCUUAUGUUCGACAGAGAGAGCAGUUUGGUCGUCCAAUAGGAGAAUUUCAGUUUAUACAGGGUAAACUUGCAGACAUGUAUACUUCUUUACAGUCCUCAAGGUCCUACGUGUAUUCUGUUGCAAGGGACUGUGACAAUGGAAAAGUUAACCCUAAGGAUUGUGCUGGAGUUAUACUUUGUGCAGCCGAAAGAGCCACCCAAGUGGCUUUGCAGGCUAUACAGUGCCUGGGUGGUAAUGGAUAUGUGAACGAGUAUACAACUGGUCGGCUGCUUCGAGAUGCCAAACUAUAUGAAAUCGGAGCUGGCACUAGUGAAAUUAGAAGAAUGAUUAUAGGUCGUGAACUCUUCAAGGAGCAGUAGGAGAGAAGCUGUGAGAAUUUUCACAGUUGCUGGACUAAAGCAUGCCCUAGUGGUCUGUUCCUCAUCCAGGGCAAUCAUUUAUGCAGCCCCUGCCGUUCAUGUUUCUUUACAGUGAAGCGUGAAAGCUUGCUUCAACCAAAGAAAAAAUUUCUCAUAAAGGUGCAUAUGCGCUUAUCGAUUCAUUACAUGGAUGUGAAUGUUUUCACACAAAACAUUUAUAGGACACUAUAAAGGUGAAUCUGUAGAAUUCUCAAAGCCUAAUGUUUUUACAAAAAAAUUUAUGCUGUGGCCUCAUAUUUUUAUGGAUUCUGUAAAUGCCGAUUUCUCAAAGGAUCUUGAAUGAAAUUCUUGUCUGGUUACACUGA